UCAUGUAAUUCGUAUGCUCUGGUUCGUUCUAACGUUCUAGAACGAUCUAGGUAGCAUAGAAAUUACAAGGCUCCUCCAUGUAUAUAGUAAUGAUCAAGAGAAAGAAAAAUAUAUGCUGAGUGAGUAUAAAUGUAUAAUAGAUAUCUAAAAAGGGAAAUUGAAGGGUUCAUUGGAUAAAAAGUGUGUGAAUAUGGGAAGGGGAAGGGUGCAGUUGAAGAAGAUCGAGAACAUGGUCAACAGGCAAGUGACGUUCUCAAAGAGAAGGUCUGGUUUGCUUAAGAAAGCUCAUGAGAUCUCAGUGCUUUGUGAUGCUGAAGUGGCUCUCAUAGUCUUCUCCAGCAAAGGAAAGCUCUAUGAAUACUCCAGCGAUCCCUGUAUGGAAAGAAUUCUUGAACGAUAUGAGAGGUAUUCAUAUGCGGAGAGGAAAAUUGCCGCGAAUGAUCCACCACAAAAUGAAAAUUGGACUCUAGAGCAUGCAAAGCUCAAAGCAAGGUUUGAAGUCCUUCAGAGAAAUCAAAGGAAUUUUAUGGGAGAAGAACUUGAUGGCCUUAGUAUCAAAGAGCUUCAGAAUUUGGAGCAUCAGCUUGAUUCCGCUCUCAAACACAUUAGAUCACGAAAGAACCAACUCAUGCAUGAAUCUAUUUCAGAGCUUAAUAAGAAGGAUAAGGCCCUCCAGGAACAGAACAACUUGCUAUCGAAGAAGAUAAAAGAGAAAGAGAAGGUAGCGGCUCAACAGGCACAACUGGAGCGACAUAGUGAUGAUAUAGAUCAUCUUACAUCCUCUGUCCUUGUACCUCUGCAAUUGGAAACCUUGAAUAUUGGAGGCUCCCUACAAGGCACAAGUGAUGGAAGAGAUAAUGAAGCAACCACAACUCAAACCCAAGCUAACUCCCUUCUUCCACCAUGGAUGCUUCGACCUAUGAAUGAAUAGUAAACUACAUACACUUACACGACUUUCCGUAUGUUAAAGACGAACAUGCAUGGUUAUUAAUUAUUGGCUAAUUAGUAUAUAAGAAACCUACCCUAAAUGAUGUAAAAAUGUUCAACUAUAUCAAAUGCCUUUCAAUGACUAAAAGCUAGAUAUAAUUUUUAUGUAAUUUGUCUGCAUAUAUGGUUACAUUACAAAGUUAAUUGGUUUUAAGUUAAUUGUAUGGCUUUGUCUAUAUACCAGC